CAAUAGCAUCGAUUAAAAUUCAUUUCAAAUCCGACAUUGGACUGUCAAAGCCAGCCAAAAUCCAAAAUCCUCGCCCAAAUUGUCAACAGGUCCAUGAUCCACCGUAUUUCCAAAAUCCGCCAAUCCGCUGAAAUAAUCAUCAAAAUCCGUAAUCCGUGAGCAUUUCGAGGCCCAAUUCUCCGAUCCGCUAACCUAUUAACCACACCCCCGCUAGCACUAUGGUCCCAGGAAAGGGUGGGGAAUUUGAUUUUAACCCUAAAAAUUUCAAAAUUUAUCCGGGAAGGUUUCAUUGUUUAAAACCUUCAGUGUUUCAGUGUUUGAAAUUAUCUUUUAGCCAUUUUACCAAUAGGGUGAACAGAUUUAGUCACAAGGAUGGGCUUUGACAACACAAAAAGUACAACUUCGUUCCCUGUUCAGCCGAGCGUAACUAUUUGUCCAAUGGCCUCAGUCAAGGAGGCAAAUGGCUGCUUACUUGUUUAAAAAAAGGUUAGCGGCCAGGGAAAAUAGUUUAGCUCCAAUAUUUUGCCACAUAUCGAAUGUAAGUGUACCCUGGCAUAGGUCUACGAGAUAAAAAUGUUUCGGUUUUUGUAUUUUCCUUGUGAAUUUCGAAAGUAUUUGAGUGCUACCGAAAAUGGAACCUCCAACCUUAGUAGGGUGAGUGAAGCUGUAUAUUUCGCGAAGAAAACUGCCCCAAAUCGUUAUUAGACAUACAUUUGACAGCAACAAGACGUGUUCUAAGUUAUAAGGCAAUUCUAUUGGCAAAAUUUCACAAAAACUCACCACUACAAUCCACUUGUUUUACCUCUAAUACAAACAGCCGAUUCCAAGCUAUGAACAAGCUUCAAAACUAUUGUCUGGGCUACCUGUGGUUCUAGUGUAUGGUGGAACCCACUCCCAGGGGAUGUGGGGCUCAGUAAAGUUUAUUUCUUUAAAGUGUAUAUUUUAUCACUCCUUAAUCAAAACAGGUUCCACCAUGUAUUGGUUUAUACUCAAGAUUAAUUCUGUUAUAAAUGUUGGACAAUCAGCGUAUUCACAAAUCAUGAAAAUUAAAGGAAAAGAUGACCCUGAAAGCCAUUUGGACAAGAAACAUACCAAUUGGGAACCAAAGGUGAAGGCAAGUCGGAUGUUGUUUUUUCAGCUUUCUGAUGGUGGGCAGCAAAUUCAGGCGAUGGAAUAUCAGCCAAUACCUACCUUACAGGCAUUGACACCUCCUGGAACCAAAGUUAUCAUCCAAGGGCCGAUUGCUUGUAGGCUGGGCGUGUUACUUCUGACCAGACAUUGUCUUGUACGCAUUUUGGGUGGGUCCACAGAAAGCCUAGUGGAGACCAACUCGACAUGGAAUUUACUUCACAGCAGCAUAGGGCAAGAACCGCCAGAACCCCCAGCAGUUGCACAAAUACUUGAAGAUGAGGCAGAGAGCUCAUCUUACAAACCAUUAAACAAGAACACUCAAAAUGUGUCCAUGCAGUCAUCAACAAGAAACCCCUUUUGUAAAAGUACUGCAAGAAGUUGUCAGAAUUUCUUUGAAAACAAACAUCAAAUGAGCACACCUGGUGUAGACUCUAGUAUUCGUGCAAACCUUAGAGUUACUGGAAAAGUUCCAGGAAAUGAAAGGGCGAAUAAUAACUGGCCAAACACAAGGACAUCUAUUGGAAAAAGUAAACUGCAGAAAACACACUGCAAAAGCCUUCAGAGAUGCGAUUCCUGGGGAGAAAGAACUGAUUAUUUUGAUGAUGAUGAUAAUGAGUUAUUAGACGAGGACCUAUUUUUUGAUGACAUAGAAGAGAAUUUGGAUUUUGAUCAAUUGGAUCAACUUGAGAAAGGAGCUCUACCAAUAAGGAAUUCUGCAUCAGAGAACAUUGCAAGUCUUCACCUUCAAGAACUUCAGGAUGUGUUUGAGAAUAUUGAUGAUCAAGAUUUGGAUGAUUUCGAAUUAGAUAGUACAAAUAAUGGAAGCAUUAUACUGUGUGGGAAAACCAUAAAGAGAAAAGAAGAUAAUUCAAGAGUUUGUAGCCUUGGAGUGGACACUGGAAUUACUGAUUAUUCAUCGAAGGGAAAAUUCCCUAUGAAACAAAGGGUUAAUAAAGAAGAUGAAAUUUCUGAGCAGGUCUGUAAAACGCAAAGGCAAGCUUAUGUCCCCCCUUUUGGAAACAGUAUCAAUCCAAAAUCAGGAAAACAUCCAACUUUUGGAAAAGAUAGACAAGGGGUGUUGGAAGGUAUGGAGGUGAUUGAUGUUGAUCAUCCUGGCAUAAAACCCAAUGAUCAAAUAACAAAACUGGACAAGAUGGAAAGUAUGGGACGUUCUUAUUCACUUGAGUCUCUGCCAUUUACCUAUCUCAAGACUAUGGAGCAGCAUCUGCCAUUUCAGGAGGAUAUCACCAUCAGGAUAAAGGCUUAUGUCUCCACGCUUGUAAACCAUUUCCAAACACCUGGAACUGGUUGGUGCGUCACUGUCAAGGUGAAUGAUGGGACAGCAGCGAUGGACAUGGAUCUGGGAGCUGAGGUACUGACAGAGCUCCUUCAGAUGCCCGUGGAGAGUUUCCAGAACCUGAUGCAGAAAGCAAGAAAAUCACCAGACACUGAACUUCGACGCUCGCUACAACAGCACACGGAGCAAUUCCAGAGGAACCUGAGCAUGGUCACGUGUUUAAUGGACGUAUCAUUUGUAUGCACUCGCCCCAGGCCUGUACUAAUCCGACUGCGUCAGCCCUCACGUGAUGAUGUCAAGAUGCUCAUGUCCCGGAUUAGAACCACGUGAUACCACUCAUUUCCCCGAUUAGAAUCACGUGACACUGCUCGUUUUAUUCUUUUGAUCUGAUCUGGAAUUCAUUUUUUUUUAGUCGAAUAAUUAGGAUUUAGAGACUGGCGGUGCCCAGUCAUGAAUAUUUUUCAAUAUGAAAAGACCGCCUUUUGGUGGGGUAAAAGUGUGAUGGUGUGGAAGGGGUACAUGUGUUCCCUAACCCCACCCCUAACCACGCCUCUACCCCUGUAAUGCAAAUGUGCAAAGUAUUUCACAAGGGAUAAGUGCACUGAAUGGGUCCUGGCGAGUACGCCUUUUGUCCGUGUGAGAUUCGGCCAUUUUGGGUUUUACUCAAGCAAAAAAUGCUUGAUACUCUUGACGAGUAUCGAAUUAGUUAAGAAAUAUUUGCUUGAGCAAUGGUGCACAGGUGGAUAGAGUCCUUGUUGUCUCAAUUCUCUGUGCGACAUGGUUGCAGCAGUGAAGACAGGAAUUUGUCAUGUCAGGAACCAGAUUGUUAAAAGCCGCAUUGUCACUGCCUCGUACCCAGGCGUCUCAAGUCUUUAAAAACACGUGAAAGAUAUACUA